CUUAAAUUGCAGAAGAGACUCGCGUUUGCUUCUUGAGCUCAUUUGUAAUUGCAUCGCACUCCAAACACUUCAAAACCUCCUCUCUCUCUCUCUCUCUCUCUCCAACGGACGAAGCACGAGGCUCUAUAGAAAUUGAGUGGGACUUGGAUCUCCGAAUCUAUGGAUGAAGACCCAUCUGUACAUCACGAUGCGGAGAUGACAGAGAGUUCGAAUGGGAAAGAGCUAGUUACAAAUGGAGGAAAUUUGGAUAUGGAACCACAUGUGGGUAUGGAGUUUGAAUCAGAAGAGGCUGCCAAGGUCUUCUAUGAUGCAUAUGCCACGCGCUUGGGGUUCGUCAUGCGAGUGGAUGCAUUUCGGCGAUCAAUGCGUGAUGGGAAGGUGGUUUGGCGUCGACUUGUGUGUAAUAAAGAAGGUUUCCGCAAAUGCAGACCGAAACGGAGUGAAAACAGGAAGCCCAGAGCAAUUACGAGGGAAGGGUGUAAAGCAAUGAUUGUUGUGAAGAAAGAGAAGAGUGGAAAGUGGAUCGUUACAAGAUGUGUUAUGGAACACAAUCAUCCGUUGGUUGUUGCACCUGCCAACAGCCGUCGCACUGUGCUCCUAUCUCAAACACCGGAUGAUAAAGAUGUAAAGAUUCGGGAGUUGACAGCUGAGUUACAGCGAGAGCGAAAACGAUCUGCAGCUAUUCAAGAACAGCUUGAUAUGGUUCUGAAGGAUAUGGAAGAACACUCCAAUCAACUGUCAAGAAACAUUGAUGAUAUAGUUCAAAGCGUGAAAGAAAUAGAAUCAAAGAGAGUAAUCGUCUCACAUCACUAACAGGCUCAUUAGUUGGUCUAUUGGACUUUGCCAUUGUACACCUUCUUCGUUUCGUCAAUUUCUUUUUUCCGGACUGUAAAUGUUUUGUAGGUUGAGAUGAAUUUUCUGAACUUGUAAAGUAAGAUAGGUUCAACUUUAUUGACAUGUUUUAAGCUCGUCUUUGUGGUCUUUAACUCAUAUAAGAAG